UGGGACAGAGUUUUGUUGCUAGGAAACGCUAAGCCUCGUCUGUUGGUGAGCAACCCUUACACAGCAUUGGCGUUAUAGACAGUUUUAUAAAGCUAUAAGUAGCAAAGUUAUAUCAAAAAGAUUUCGGAGCUGAAUGUUUGAUACGGGCCUGAGGAAACUGUACACGCUAUGGCCUCUGCAUAUCCGAGCUGCCCAGGCCAGAUCAGGGACAAUGAGUCCAGAGAGCGGCAGCACAAGCUUCCUGAACUACAGAGCUCAACUAUCUCACCAAGGCCUCCAGUCCAUGUUCAAGACACUCAGGCUGUGCUGAAGAGACGUGUAACACGGAAACAACCCAGUCUCCACCACUUAAAAGCACGUGAGCGGAUGUUUUUUCCAGGCUGGUACACUCAGACACCUUCCUCUCCGAAAACAGAGCAGCCACACAGGCGCCGCGAACAAUUGCCUGUCCACCUACCUCCUCUGCAACCCACAACCAAGUUGUCCCAGAAUGUGGUAUCAACCCCUAGUCUCCCAAGACGGCCUUUUUCAAUUAAGAGUGGUGGACAGCUGGACCGUCCCUCUAAAGUUCAAAUUUACGAGUACAGUAAGGAUGACUAUUUGAUGAUCAGCCAUGGAGGUGUGUUAUCAGUGUGUGAGGACAAGUUUGACUUCAUAACGCUCGAGCGAUGGGAAGAGGAGUAUAACUACCAUCACAAGCUGAUCCGCAUCCCCUUCUUUGCCCUCUUCAAAAAGUGGAAACCCUUCUAUGUCUGGCGCACCAAAGUUCGCACCAAGAAGAUUCAUAUGGCCAGGGAGUUCCUGCGAAACCAUUUGUUUAUUGUCAGUCAGUCUCUAAGUCCUGCACUGAUAGACAUAAGGAAAAUGUGUUACCAAAUCAGUGACACAGGCCUGGGUCACAUGGAGCUAAAACGGACUAACACACUGCAGGAGUUCCAGGACAUCCAGUUCAAACAACUGCAAGAGGCAUUGGCUGACUUGGAGAAGUUUCAAGGCCUGGUAAAGGAGUUGACAGUUUGCGCCUGUCGCAACUACUUGUCAGAACCUCGAUCCACAUUCAAUGAUCAAAAGGACAAGAACAUUCUUGCAGAGAUCAACAAGACUUUUCUCUCUAGCCGCCUCAUCUGCUUUAUCCGUCUUGUUGACUAUUUGGUCCUCAGCACUUUGCACAUCUUGGUGGUGAAUGCAGUGGCCAAACUACUGGCUGUGCUCCAGGAGCAGGUAGGUCAAACGCCCAGCCAUGCCGUCAUUCAGAGCUGGAGCCAGCACUCGGAGGCUGACACUGACCCUGCUCUAAAGGACAUGGAUAAGAUGUCAGGAACUUCCCAAGUCCAGCCUAUGUUCAUCUCUGAGCUGAUGCUGGAUACAGCUGCCUUAACCUACAAACCUUCUGAGGAGAACUUUCAGGAGGCUGUUGCAGAGAUCAUUGGGUGGUUUGAAAAAACUGUCAUGUCAGUUAAUACACUCAUGGCAGAUCCUGAUUUUGAUUCAAUGACAAAUCUGUCUGGAGAGCACAAGAAAUCUGAAAAUAAAUAUGAGGAUGGCCCCUGUUUGGAAUCCAUCAUAGACAAUGAUGGCCACCUUCAAAGUAUUAUCCAAAAAAUUAAGGAAUCACUCCACUUUGCCUUUGAUGCAGCAAAAGUGUACUCACACACGCUUGAGCGUUUUCGGCUGUUCUAUAAAGAGAACGAGAGUCUGGAGCUGGAUGCAAUGCGGGAACAGGAUCAUGGAUUGUCCUUUUUUGAAAAAGCACUGGAGUUAUAUCACAGUGAGCAUAAGGAAGCCUUAGCCAUCCAACAGACGAGGCAUCUAGGCUUACUGCUUGGGACAAAACACAGCUCAAAGAGAGGCUUGUGGCAUCACCGCUCCGCUGUCAUCAACGAGAUGCUUACCCAGCUGGCUAAGAGGAAGCUAGAUGAUGUCAUUGCCGAGGCUUGUGAAGCCCAGUUUAAACUAGAGUUCAGUCCCUCCACUACAUCUGAGUUAGCCAGUUCCCUCACAUUCCUUGAUGACAUACAGGAAAGGAUAACAUUGCUAGAAGAGGAGCAGGAGACAGUAUGUCAGAUGUACAAUCUGAUUAACAUGUACUCCGUUCCCACGCCACCUGAGGAUCUGGUUGUUUUUGCGAACUUGCAACCCUCCAUUGACUCAUUGCGAAGGAUCAUCGAUAAGGCAGCGUUGGAAAGAGAGUCCAGCAUGGACAAGCUUUGCAGCUCCUUGCAUAAGGCCAUCAAGGAGCUGGACCACGAAGUCAUGAAAAUCAAGCUUAAGUCACAGGUACUUGAAGAAGUUGUAUCAACUAAUGCAGGAUCCACAAAUCUUAGACAUCAAUGCCGAUUCCUCCCAAGUCCGUCUGUGCUGAGUGAGCUCCAGAUUUCCAUAGACGAGCUGCUGGCCCAGUCUUCCGCCUACACCUCCUACCAGAAGAAAUUCAAGGUGGAGGUGACCAAGUUUGACACCCUGGAAGACUUGACUGCAGAGUUUAGGCUGAAGCAGCUGCUGUGGGACUCUCUAGAGGAAUGGGACUCUUUACAGGAGGGAUGGAGGCAGAGAACACUUGAGCAACUGGACCUAGAGCAGUUCAGUUCGCAGGUCAACAAAUAUAGCAAAUACGUCAGCCAGCUGGAGAAGGGCCUGCCACGUAACAAUGCAGUGACAAGUCUUAAGGAUAAGGUGGAAGUCAUGAAGCAAAGGAUUCCUGUGCUCACUGAUCUACGUAACCCUUGUAUGAAACCAGCACUGGAAGAUUCUGGAGUCUGUUGUGGGGACCUCCCUGAAUGUGGAGGAGCUUACUGUGGAUGUUUUAGAGGAGAUCAACAUCUUCUCCUAUGGCAUGGAGACACACAAGGUGUCUGGACAGGCUUCGGGAGAGGCAUCGGUAGAGAACAUUGUUGCAAAG